AUGGCAACUGCCGUGCAUAACACCGUUUCGAGCCUACCGAUUAAUCUUCAAACUGAUUGGGGCAAGUAUGCCUACGAAUUGAGACGAGUUCCAUCACUAAAGGAUUUUGUCAGCUGGAUCGACGCAAUUGUUGGUGCGGAAGAGCUUCGUGGUGCCAAACUAUCUUCGACGGUCAGUGCAAACGCAGCAAAACCACCCGCUCCCGGUUCGACAAAUAGAAACAACAGCAAUCAAAAUCAAUCGGGCAGCAUCAACUAUAACAACCACAACCCAACUGUCCUUGCGCAAUCGUUAUUGGAUGUAGCAGUCUUCCCAGAGUGUCCUGCCUGCAAGGAGAAUCCAGGCCACAGGCUCGAGAUAUGUAACGUUUUCAAACGAAUGAUUGUCAACGCUCGCGCCGCAUUAUGCGCCUCCUACAACCACUGCUUCAAAUGUCUAAUUCGCGACCAUUACACCCGAAAAUGCAGAAGACAAAACGCUGGUGCAAAGAAUGUGGCAGGCCCUACCAUUCGUUAUUACAUGGAGCUAAUCGGCAGUUUCCAGAAUCAUCAACCAAUAAAGCUCACUGGAUGGGAAACAAACCAUGGAGGCGUCCAACGUCUAAGUCGUCCAAAAAUUACUCUGUCCCGGCGUAAAAUAGAUUGGCCCAGUAUGAAAACUAAUAGGGAACACUUGUCCGGCCUCGAACUUCCUAGUAUCGAUUCGUCCAAAGUCGAAGUUUUAAUCGGAAUGGAUUUUCCAUCCGCUGAUCAUACGCUCCAAGUCGCCUUACCGAUCGAAGGUGAAGAUGGCCCUACAGCGCACCAGACUUGCUUCAGUUGGGCCGUCGUUGGCAAAAUACCUCGAUGUCUCGUUACCGGCCCUACACAGCCAUGUAAAAAUUCACCCGAGCCUCUAGCUGCUUACUCCAUUUCUGACGAAGACGAUCAAAUGGUAGCCAUCAUCAAUCGGUCUAUGACGCGCUUAAAAUGUGAUUACCAGAUCGAGCUGCCAGUAAAACCGAACCACCCGUUAAUUCCCAACAACAGAAGCCAAGCUCUUUCGCGUUUCUACGGACUUGAACCUCGCCUUCUUGACCCGAAUAUGCGUGGCCUCGCCAAACAUUACGAACAAAAGAUAGAUAAUCUCAUCGCUUCCGACACUGCAGUCCUUGUGGAUCGGUCAGAAAUCGACAAACCGUCGGGUUUUAUUUGGCAUUUACCGCAUUUCUUCGUCGUAAACAACAACAAACCGGAUAAAGGGAUUCGAGUCGUUUUCGACUGCGCCGCUCGUUACAAGGGAGUAUCUCUCAACUGUUUUCUAUUGCGUGGACCCCCAUCUAUUUCUUAUCUGGUUGGUAUCCUACUUCGAGCGCGCCAGCAUUCCGUCGCUUUUUCGGCCGAUAUUACUUCAUUUUACCAUCGUAUCGGUGUUGACGAAAAGCAUCAGUCACUUCAACGCUUCGUUUUCCGCAAAUUUGGCAGCAAUUCUCCGAUCCUCACGUUCACGACGUUAGUAUUUGGUGAAAUUUGUGCAUCAUCUGCCGCCGUUCAAACCUUGCAACGCGCAGCGAACGACAACGUCCGUUUUCCCCACGUUGCCACCAGAUUAAAGGACAAUUUUUACUCCGAUAAUUUUUGUGACUCUUUCGAAACUGAGGAGGGAACUUUAAAUUUUGCGAAAGAUGUGACGAAAUCUCUCGCGUCUGGUGGUUUCGCGUUAACCGGUUUUGCUUCAUCUUCCUUGUGA